CGCGCCAUGAAAAUGAAAACCAGACAAAUGCAAAUGCAAAUCCAAUAAAGAAACGAGCUGUAACUACCUACGUCCACAGUCAUUUCUGCUCCCUCUGAAUUUCAAUUCUCCUCUGCUCUCGAGAUCCUCCCAAAACAUUUCCCCUCCCGCCGUCGCGGUCAGAAUUCAAUGACCGUCAGGCUUCCCGGUUACCUAGAAUCUCCACGGCCGUGAGAGAACGGCGACAUCUAAUGAAGGAGGACCGGCCGACCUGAUCCAACUCGGAGCCUGGGGCGGCGUGGAAGAAUGUCUACGCGUUCACGGCAGCAGCGCUCAUCAACCGUUGCAUCGACUCCACCAGAGAGCACGAAAGCUACCGUCGAGCUACAGCUUCUUCUCGACAACCUUUCGGCCACACUCCAGAGCCCCGUAGGCAACGCUUACCCCGACCUCUCGAAGCUCAUCAGUCAGGCCCAACUUGUGCGUCAGCAUUUGAUUGCAGCGCCCCAAUCUGCCCGGGCGAAGGACGAUUUCCGGCAUCUCCAUGGCUUCCAGAUCAUCAUAGAUACUCUCCGAGCAUUCUCCGGCUUCUACCACCCGACAAAGAGGAGCAAGGAAGACAAGAUACAGCUAUUUGAGCUUCUGGAAAUUGUACUGGGGGUUUUGGCACAAGCAUUUCGGGAGCACUAUGGGAACCAGAGAUACUUCAAACGAAGGGUUGAGGGCGGCGGAUGGGGUGCCCUAGAGCAGAUCAUCGCCAGCAUUGGUGUUGGGGGUAGCGAAUCUGAUGUGUGGGGUGAAGCCCAACUCUUUGGACGACUCCUUGCUUUUGCACUGGAUGACAAGAGGUUCGAAUCGCUGUGUCAGAAAGUUGCUGGACUACACCCUUCCAUGUUCAAAGAGCAGGGAAAUGCACCACAGCAACAGAAAUCUCCAAGCACAGAAGAGGCAGUCCAAAAAUCACUCCGGGAUAGUGAGCCUAGUCCUGCAACGAGUACUGUGGCAUUGCAUAGUGAUGAAGAUGUUAUUACCGUGGUGCAAUCCAGGCUCCAAGAAAUACUCGGAGAGAGCGCUUUGCUAUCCACUCCCGAUGUGGUGCCAAUCAUCAUUGAUUUUUGGAAGACAAUUCCUCGAAUUCCGAACACACCUGUGAAUCCUGCUGCAUUAGUCGUCAUCUUGACGCUAUCAAAGAUAUCGUCAAUCUCCAAGCAUAAUCUCGCGGCUCUGCAUUCGACUGGCAUUCUAUCGACCCUCCUGCCGCUUGCUUUUGAUUCUGACUCACCCCUGAAUACCACCGAAAGGUGUUGUGUGGAAGCUCUUUGCGGAUCUCUAAUAUCCCGCGGGGUCAACACCUUAAAUGAUGCCCAGUAUCUUGUUUGUAACCAAUCUUCCAAUGCGGCUGAUUUCCUUCUUCGAUCCAUGAAGGAAUCUCACUCCCCAGCAUAUAUUCAGUUCGACCUCUCCUUGAAUGGCUUUGCAUCAGUGGAGCUACCAACCCUAGGACGGUCAUUCCCUCCACUUUCAACGAUGCCAGGGUAUACUUUUACAGCCUGGAUAUAUGUGGAUCAGUUUGAUCCGAAUGCUCAUACAACUAUUUUUGGGGCUUUUGACUCGACCCAAACUUGUUUCGUCCUUGCAUAUCUGGAAAGAGAUACUCAUAACUUCAUUCUCCAGACUUCUGUGACAUCCUCACGCCCUAGUGUAAGGUUCAAAUCAACAGCAUUCAAAGAAGGACAGUGGUAUCAUAUUGCAAUAGUCCAUCGGCGACCCAAAACAAUGUCGUCUAGCAAGGCAUUGCUUUAUGUGGACGGAGAAUUCGUGGAACAAGUCAAAAGCCAGUAUCCCGAACACCCACCUCUCUCCAACUCUGCCGCAGACAGCUUUUCGUCUUUCACAUCACCAUCGACAACCAGGACAACCCCUGUGCAAGCAUUUCUGGGAACACCGCAAGAUUUGUCGACACGUCUCGGUCGUGGGGUGGUGUUCUCUCGUUGGUCUCUAGCCUCAGCACAUCUCUUCGAAGGUUGCCUCAGCGAUGAUCUAAUUGCCGUAUAUUAUCGGCUAGGGCCUCGAUAUAAUGGGAACUUUCAAGAUUGCCUUGGCUCCUUUCAGACCUACGAAGCCUCAGCAGCGUUGGGCAUGCGGAACGAGUUGAUUCACCCUGGCAAAGACGAGAGCUCAGACAUCCUUAGUGCCAUCCGCGAAAAGGCGAGCGCACUUGUUCCAGAACAUCGUAUCCUAUUGAGUAUUCUGCCUACAGCUGUCCUGGGGGAAGAUGAUCACGAAUCACAGCUACUUCGAGGAUUGGGUCGAACCGCUUCUAACAACUUGUUCCAAUUGACUCAUCAUACCGGCACCUCCUUGGCUAUCAAUGCUGCAAUCCCUUCAAUCAAUGAAGCUCUGACUCGAGCACAAGGUACUACUGUUCUGACAGGUGAACCGAUUGUAUUUGUUCCUCAGUCCCUUGAUGAUGCAUUAUGGCGCCUCGGAGGCUUCAGUGGCAUCGCCCUGAAACUGGUAGAGAGCGCAACUACCAAGGACGCUAUCGUGCGAGCUGUCGAGACUUUGUUCUACAGUAUCAAAGGUAGCUGGCGUAACAGUGAGGCCAUGGAGAGAGACAAUGGAUACGCUAUACUUGGUGCUUUGCUGCGCGGGAAAAUGGGCGCUGGCGUUGUUGUUGCGUCCAAGUACAAUAACCCUGAUGUUUCUACCUUAACCAACGAUGACCGAGACAAGCUUGGCUUUCAGUUACUCAAUCUGGUACUGGAGUUUCUGGGAUACAAUCACGAGAAACCGGAAGAAUCCUUCAUCAUCAACCCAUUGGCAUAUCGAAUCCUGCUGGUUGACUUUGAUAUGUGGCGAAAGACUGCACCGGCCACCCAAAAACUAUACUACAAACAGUUUGUCACCUUCGGUGUGCGCAGUAAAUUCCACCAGUUCAAUUCCCGAAGACUGCUUCGAAUGCGUAUUGUCAAAAGAUUUAUAGAUGCGAUGAAAGCCGAGACGUUCUCUCGUGAUGUUUUUCCAUAUUUCAUGGAGGCUUUUGAGAUAUUGGUGAAAUGCAAUAUGACUGCGGAAGUAUUUCGAUCUCUUGCGCUGUUCAUCACGUAUGCCUAUCAUCAGACAUCUGGCUCGGCCACUCGAACACCCAAAGGACAGAGCGGAACCUUACCCACACGAUCAGCAACGAUCUCAGGUAGCCGAAGAAAGCCGACAGUCAGCACUCUAUUUGAUGGGAAAGAAGCAACAUCUCAGAUUUUAACAAAGAGACAGUUGGGUAAUAAGGUACUUGAGAUGUAUACGGGACUUCUCUGUGAAAAGGGUAGCACGGCGAACAUUAAAAAGUUCGCCAGGACCGUUACAAACAAGUGGCUCCUCCACCUCUUGACAGAAGAUGAUCCUGAAGUAGUGGUUCAUGGCACUAAGAUCCUUGCGCGGCUUCUCGUCACUUCUGGCUCAGGAUAUGUGUCGAAAUUUUCUCUCAAAACGGGCGGCUUCACAAUCAUGCGCUUCCGCCUCAAGAGGUGGUGGGAUCUUUCAACCCUGUGGCCCAUCUGUUUCAGUAUUUUGUUCGCCCGCGACGUUGCUGAUAUCAACUUUGAGAGACCUUUCGAACUGUUCAGCCUUUUAGAAACCUUCAGCAAUGGUAAAGUCAUAUAUCCCGACGUCUUGCCGGUGAUUACGUCCAUGCUGCAGCACGGUUUGAAGGAUGUCUUGCGACAUCAAGAUGAUCCUGAUUCUCCUUUGACUGAUCGAGGUAGUGGGCAAGAUCAAGAGGCGAAUCUGACCGUACCGAUUAGCCUCCGUCCUAGGUCGAUGUCCUUGACAAAGGAACUAGAAUCUCGACAAUCAAACCAACCGAAGAAGGAGAAGCUCGGCGGACAAGCCACCGUUUUACAUACAGUUAUUCGUUUCCUUGCUGACUUGCAUGGUAAAUCUUCCGACUUCCGGGACUUUGCAGUGUCUUCGGACUAUGUAAGGCUACUGCUUGCAGUCCUAUUUCCAGUUGUCGUCAGUACAGACUCUGUUAGUGCAGAGACUGAGUUGAACUCUCGAGAUUCGGCUCUAACAUUCGAGGGUGACGAUGUCAUCAUACGUCCCAUUGCUCGCAUAUCAACAAUGCCUACCCCCAUAGUUCGAACCUCAACGGUAGAAACCGAUCUGCCUCCCAGCCCGACGGCUGCUCGAGCGGUGCCUUUACGGAGGGGGUCAUCAUUUAUUCUACUGACAUCUCAACCGUCCGAAUUUAGCCCAUCAAAUGCCAAGUUAAACAUUGUAAUGUCACCAAAGAAGAAGCUCGCGACGCAGAAGAUCAGUAAUACGCUUGUUGAAGGUUUACUUGAGCUCCUCCUCAAUAUCUUUGUCGAUCAGGUUAUGGUCCGGAAAGAAUUCCCUGGCUUCGGGCUUUUCCUGAAGAUCCCUCCAGGAUUUCGAGAGCACCAGGCAUAUUUUGAGUCUUACUUACUACGCAACACAGUAUCACAGCUCGAAAGUACUGUUCAGCUCGACCAGAAAUCCUUAUGGGAACCUAGGCUCAUCCAAAAUAUGUCUCGAUUCGUUCUACAUAUUGGUGAAGCUGUCUUCGAAGGCUGGUUUUUGAACGGUGCAGAACCAUUGCUUGACUUCGCGGGGACAUUGCUUGAAUAUCUGCAGCGGCCUGAGGUAUCCAAAAUCAAAAGCGUGCGACUUUGCAGUCAGGCUAUUCUCUCCAUCACACAUGUCUUCUUGAGAGUAAUUCUGCUUCGAUUAUCAGAGCUUGAUCAUGGUCAUAUCUCUGAGGAUGAAGCUGUGGCUUUCAUGGAUAAGCUUCACUACUGGCAAACAGUGGUUCUCUCUUCCGAUGUUGAAGAGGAUUUUCUAAAACUCAUAUGCUACCAAUUAUAUCUUAAAUUGGUUGACUCACGAGAAAAGGUUCGUUUAGCUGCUGCCAAUCUGUGGCGGAUCUUACUCGUGCAGAAACCGGAAGAGACCUCAAAGAUGCUCCAGCAUACAAUGCCGUCCGAGUAUAGACAACUAAGUUCUGGGUUCAAGAAACUUACGGAGUUGGAUAAUGAGACAUUCGUUGAUUGGGUUGGUGAGCAUCGAGUGGAGCUAGAUGCUUUGUUCUUUGGCGCGAUGUCUCGUACCUGGGAAGAAUUUGUCCACGCUGAGAAUGAGAAAACCGAAGAUGCUGCCAACACACGUGUGGCCAAGCGUCGAGAAAAGCUCAGGCAGUGGCAUACUGAAGAUCUGAACGAAGAAGAUAUUCUGUUCCGCCAUGAUCUUGCGUCGACUGUUUGGAUGAAGCAGAUCUACGCCUCAGAGCAUCUGAAACACCAAAGAUCACAACAAGACCAGCAAGACAACUUUGUGUUCCUGGCAUCUGCAUUUUCAAAAAUGGAUCGUGAACUUCACAGACCAUGCGCAGUCUUUGACAGUGGGUCAGCCACAAAAUGGAUGCUCGACCGCACAGAGGGUCGAAAUCGUAUGCGCCUACGAAUGCUACCAGACCGCGCGCCUCCUUCCUAUGACUACCAACCCAAACGUAGGAUCACAGAUGCCACAUCAAAUGGGGUUUCAAAACCCAACAGCAAGCCUGGAUCUAUUGGGACGGGAACGUCUGUAUCAACUCCACCAGGCGAAUUGGCACUUGAUGGUACAUCAGCAGAGAAGCCAUACGAUACCUCAGUAAAUCAUCCACAGACCGGAUCCAGCGGAUCACAGGAGAGUGUGAUGGCUGAGGAAGAUUUCGAGCUUGUUGAUGAUCCAAACGACCCCGGGGAAGGUGACGAAGCGUACGAGGACAAGAACAGAAAGGUUAUGCGCAGCCUUCAACGAGGCGACCAAGUUCAACAAGUAUUCAACAUCUCUCGAAUCAUUGGGCUCGAGGCAGUUGAAGGCUUGUUGAUAUUGGGCAAAGACUCAUUGUACCUCAUUGACAACGUCUUCCAACAGUCUGAUGGGGAAAUCGUAAACGUUUGGCAAGCUGCGAAAGAGGAGCGAGAUCCAUAUUUACAAAUGAUCUCUGGUCAAAAGACGAACGACAAGAGAACGCAGCCGGUUAGAGCCGAUCAAGAAUCAAGAAGCUGGAAGUGGAGUGAUGUGAUCAGCAUCUCCAAACGCCGUUUCUUAUUUCGAGAUGUUGCGGUGGAGGUCUUUUUCACCGAUGGACGCAGCUACCUUUUAACUGCUAUUUCGCCCGCACUUAGAGAUGACUUGUAUAACAAGCUCGCCUCGAAGGCACCUCAUUCAAUUGGAAGCUCGAGCUUGCCCAAUCCAGAGCAUAGCUGGCGUCUUGAGGCGCUUAGAGUAGUGGAAGAGUCACCGACAACCUUCGGUUCUAAGUUCGGUAACAUAUUCAAUCCAUCAGCCUGGAACCCAGCAAUGCGAAGAUGGGCCAAGGGCGAGAUCUCCAACUUCCAUUAUCUGAUGCUAGUCAACACAAUGGCUGGUCGGACCUUCAAUGAUCUUACCCAGUACCCAGUCUUUCCAUGGGUCCUUGCAGACUAUACCAGUGAAGAGUUGGAUCUAAACAACCCUGCUUCAUUUAGAGACCUCACAAAGCCCAUGGGUGCACAACAUAUAUCCCGGCAAAUGGACUUUAUUGAACGUUACAAGACAUUUGCAGAUAUGACUGACCACACGCCAGCAUUCCACUACGGCACUCAUUACUCAUCAGCUAUGAUUGUAACAUCCUAUCUCAUCAGACUUCAACCCUUUGUGCAAUCGUAUUUGCUCCUCCAGGGAGGCAACUUCGACCACCCGGACCGACUCUUCUAUUCCAUAGAGAAAGCCUGGAUGUCUGCUUCAAGAGACAAUAUGUCGGACGUACGGGAGCUUAUCCCAGAGUUUUUCUACCUGCCCGAGUUUCUUACCAAUAGCAAUGGAUAUAAUUUUGGAGUAAGACAGGGCAAUGGUGGCGCUAUCGAUAAUGUGCAGCUACCUCCUUGGGCCAAAGGAGACCCUAAGAUCUUCAUAGCAAAGCACCGAGAAGCUUUAGAAAGUCCAUAUGUCAGCAAGCAUCUGCACCACUGGAUUGAUCUUGUCUUUGGAUCUAAACAGCGUGGAGAGGCUGCAAUCGAAGCCGUCAAUGUCUUCCACCAUCUCUCGUAUCAUGGCGCCAAAGACCUCGAUAAUAUCGAAGAUCCGGUCGAGAGGCUGGCAACAAUCGGCAUCAUACAUAAUUUUGGCCAAACACCACAUCAAGUUUUUACCAAACCACACCAACCCCGCGAAGAAAUGCGCCAUAAGAUCAAGAGGCUUGACACAUCGGCCGAAGGCCUCACGCUGCUUCCUUUCCCUCUCCUCGAAUCCAAGGAACGCGUAGCAUCACUCAUCUUCUCGUCAAAACUUGAUCGCCUGCUCUGCGCUACUGCAUUCAAACUCAAUCACCCGCCCCAUUACGACAAAUACCUCGAGUGGGGAUUCGCGGACAACAGUGUACGUUUCUAUUUCAACGAAUCGAAGAAACUAGCUGGCCUCUUUGAAAAUUUGCAUCAAGGGCAAUUAUCUUGUGCCCUCUUCGCGUCGUCCCAACUGCUCAUAACGGCAGGGGAGGAUUGUGUGAUAUCUGCUCAUACCGUCAUUACAUCGCCUUCCAAGCCUGUAGAACUGCAGCCAAGAUCUUCGCUCUUUGGACAUAAGACUCCAGUCACUACACUUGCAGUCAGCAAGAGUUUCAGUACGCUCCUUUCCGCCUCGAGCGAUGGUACAGUCAUCCUCUGGGAUCUCAACCGUCUCGAGUUCGUCCGCAAAUUAGCACAUGGCCGACCCAUAGAAUGCGCCCUUAUCAACGACGUCACCGGGGAUAUCAUGCUCUGCCGCGGCCAGAAAGUUGCCUUGUACACGCUAAACGGCGAGCUCAUCCUCGACCAAAACGUCUGCAGCGACCACGAUGACUGGAUCUCUAGCUGUGCUUUCUACGAAGGUACCGGUAACGAGUGGCUGGAAAACACGCUGGUAUUUACGGGCCAACGCAGGGGCGUGGUGAACGUCUGGAAGAAGGUUGUGGGACCGGGCAAAGAGGGCUGGAAGUUGGAAUUGGUGAAACGCCUGGAUCAUGUGGAUUCAAGGAGGAGAGGCGGCGACGAUGAAAGAAAUACCGAAGCGGCGAUUACAUGCAUUACGCCUAUGCCGCAGUGCGUGUAUACGGGUGAUGAGGAUGGGCGAGUCUAUGAAUGGGAUUUGAUCCAACGUGAGAGAUGAAAAAUAGACGAGUAGCUCGCUGCUCAGGGGGUUAGGCGUUCUCGGAUGCUCCUAUAUAUACCUUAUAUACAUGGUGAACGGCGUUAUGAGCUCAUGGUGCCUCAUGCUGCUGUGCUGGUAUCAUAGCACGGACUGGGUAUAGGCAUCAAGCAGGGCGGCGGUGUAAAAACAUGUAUUUAAGACACUGGCGUUGAAAAUUCAUUACAGAUGCAUCGUUUGAUCUAGGACCUCGAAACCGAGAAUUUGGAGGUUGUGAGUCGUGGUGCCCUUUGAGCAGUUGGAGAAGAGGU